GCAGGGGCUAGGAGGGGCCGCGGGUAGCUGGAGGAGCUCUGGGAGGCCUUCAGGGCCCGGGCAAAUCCUUCCUCCCACGCUCGCUUCUGUCCGUUCGUACCGGUAAGCUUUCAAAGUGUGAGAAAUGAGUUUGGAAUGACACAGCCGCCCUGCUCCCCACAGCCACCGCCGCUACCCGGCGGGGCGGGGCUGCUUCGCGCCGCCACGGCACCCUCCCUGAUGACGACAGAGACGAGCGACGGGGUUGUCGGUGACGCCAUCAAGUGGCGCGCGACUUGGCACGGCGCGGACGGUCGAACUCGGACGGGACGCGACAGGGACAGGCCAUGGCUCCUGCCGCUGUGCAGCCGCCCGAGGUUCAGUUUGCGCAGCGGCUGGCCGCUAACGAGAAGCGCAUCCGGGAUCGCGCCUUGAAGAAGCUGCGGGGCUACCUCAGCGUCCGGAGCCAGCGCCCGGCCGGUGGCUUCAGCCAGGAUGAACUGCUGAAAAUAUGGAAAGGUCUGUUCUAUUGUGUGUGGAUGCAGGAUAAACCUCUGCUACAGGAGGAACUUGUAAACAAUAUCUCACAGCUUAUGCACGUGAUCCAGAACACAGAGACCCGGCACCUGUUCAUUCAGACAUUCUGGCAAACUGUGAACCGUGAAUGGAAUGGGAUAGAUAAUCUGCGUCUUGAUAAGUUCUAUAUGCUAAUGCGUAUGGUUUUGAGGCAGUCUUUUGAAGUGCUGAAGAGAAAUGAGUGGGAUGAAAGACUAAUUGAACCGCUCCUGCAGCUACUAAUGAAAGAAAUUAUGGACCCGGGCAGCAGUGCUCCCACUGGCAUAAAAUUUCAUUUCAUUGAUAUCUAUCUGAAUGAAUUGGCUAAAGUUGGUGCAAAGGAGCUCACAGCAGACCAGAAUCUCAGGUUCAUUGAACCUUUCUGCAAAAUUGCUGCCAAGUCAAAAGAUCGAUGUACACUGCAUGCCAUAGCCACUGGUAUCUUUGAGGUCAUUGUGGAUCAAUCUCCCUACGCCAUUGAGGACCUAAUGAAAGAACUGGGUAGUGACAGUGAUGAGGACAAUGUGUCUGAAGAGGACAAGCAAGAAAAUGAAGAUGUGCUUAAAACCAAAGCAGGCAGAGGUUUGUCAAAAAAAUCAGCUCAGAGCUCUGAAGAAACAGAGGAUGUUUGUGAAAAUGAUGAUGACGACAAUGAUGGAAUCGGGACUGUUCUUCAGUUUGAUUACAAGGCUGUUGCUGACAAACUCUUUGAAUUGGCAAGCAAGAAAAAUACACCUUCCCUUAACAGAAAGCGUCUGUACAAGCUGGUCAAAAAGUUCCAGGACUUAGCAGAAGGAAUCUUUCCCCAAGAUUUUCCUGAAGAUGUUUCUACAGAUGAAGAUGAUGAUGAAUUUAGCAGGAGAAGGCGAAAGAAGAAAGCUGCCAAGCCCUGGGAGAAGAACAAGUUGGAAGAAGUAAAAGAGGAUGAACAAGAGACGUCACGUGAGAAGGGUGCAUCAGUUCCCCAGAAGAAGAGAAAAAAAAAGAAGAGGAGGGACAGCCCAAGUGCUGAUUCUGGAACAGCUGAUGGAAAUUGUGAGGAGGGAAUAGCUGAAACAUCUGGGUCUAAUGAUUUUAGCCAGGGAAAGGUGCCAGAAAAUAACAAGGAAAGGAAGAAAAAGAAAUUGCUAGUAAAUGAGGCAAAUAAGACCAUGACUGUAACAGCUGACACCAGAGAAAAUCACAGCAGCUCUGUGCAGCACAGUCAAACUGACGCAGAAGAGAGUAAAAAGAGUCGGCUGAAGAAAAUGAACACAAAAGUGCAGAAUGUUCCUGUAAAAGCAGCAUGUCAGAAUGGACCAACUAAUGUCAGUGAGGCAGAGGAUGUCAGCUCAUCUGUCACACCAGUAACUACUAAGGUUGUGAAAAAGAAUCAGAAAGCAGGGACUGUCCUGGCAAACAGGGAUAACCUUUUGCAUCAAACCAAUAUGAAAUCCAACAAGGAAGGCUUGCUCGGGACCCUAUCAGGAGAUGCAAACUCUGAAUCUGUGCCCUCCAGAAAGGCAAAAUUGAAGACAAAGCUUGUUGGUUUGGAAGGGACGAAGGUCUCCAGCCAGAAAGCAGCAGCCUUGAAAAAGAAGAGAAAAGUAAAAGAUGCGCUAAACUCUGUUGAAGCCAAUGGAGUUCUGGAGACUGCAUGCAAGAAAAGCAGGAAGGGGGAAAGCAGUGUUGCUCUGUCAUCAUUAAAGAAAAAGAAAGCAAAGCCAGGAAGUGACUUUGUAAAAUUUGAAAAAUCGACUUUACCAAAGCCACUAUUCUUCAGGAAAACCAGAAGUACCAUCUCCUCCACCAGGCCACCUGUGCAGCUGAACAAACUGCAGUCACCCAGCUCCAAAAAAGUUACGUUUGGCUUGAAUAAGAACACAACUGCUGAAUUUAAAACAACUGACAAAAGUAUAUUAGUGAGCCCAGAAGGACCCUCCCGUGUGGCUUUCAAUCCUGAACAGAAGCCCCGUCAUGGAGUGCUAAAGUCACCCGGAUGUACCCCAACAGGAGAGCCUCAGACGAAGAAGCGAUUUACUGUAGCAGCUAAGAAGAGAGCAACUGCUAUGGACUUGUUUUGAAACAACAUAUGUGGCCUACUUUUGUACAGGACAUUUUGCUAACCUAGAAUGUUCUCUGGAGGUAUUUCAAGCUUCCUUAUUUUUUUAAGUUAAUAUGAAUUGUAUAUACAAAUUUCUGAUUGUGACCUGGGACAAUGCUAUCUUGACACCACUUCAGCUGUAUCUUGCAGUACUUGUUUUAUCUAUUCACAGAAAAGAAACAAAGUCCGCUCUUUACUCAGGUUUGGUCUGCAAAAGUUUGGUCUUCUGUCAUCCUUGAAAGACUUAUUCGUUUAGUGAAGGAAUGUUCAGGGAUUGAUUGUUCUGGUGUUUUGGGGUGGGUUUUUUGAGCCAGUUUAAGAAAACUCUCACUUCAUGCUAUUAAACUUUCACUGGACAGAGUUUCCAAUGGAAGAAGACAACGUAUAUUUUAAACCUACUGGUUGAUGUAUGUUAUGAUUUGAUGCCGUCCUUUUUCUCACAUUACCCUUGGCAUCUUGCUCAUUCUUCUUCUGGAAAUAACUCUUACCUCAUGUCUCUGCUUAAUAACAGCUGGACUUGGGUAGCUUUACAGAUAGUAGGCAAGCUUUCUCUGGGAUAAGAAAUGCCUAGCUGCUCAAGUGGUUGCUGUUGCAAAUAAACCUUCACAGCUGGUUGCCUGCUUAGUUGAGAACAGUGACCAUAGUAUUUUCAGUAACACAAGUGCCAAAGCUGGCUUACACCUGUGAUGUAAGCUGGCUUCUUCUCUUUACUGUAAAUGAAGUAAUGCUCUUGCACAGGAGAAAUCUUUGAUAUUCCCAUGUCUUCCCCCUUAUCCCCACUGCUGUCUUUCCUGAAGGUCUGACAAGACUCCUAAUUUUCUUCUUCAGCAGCUGGUGUCACCACGUUGCACCAGAACUCAGAUCUCAUUUCAUGAAUGAACCUCUGAUUGUCCUAAAGUGAACUAGAUCCAUGCAGUGCAUCUUUGGUUAGGACGCACAUCUCUCUGUGAAAGCUUUGGUGACUCAAUGCAAGGUAAAACUUUACAGCCCAGACAGCUUAGUUUUGAUUUUGAUGUAAAACCAGAUGAAUUUUCUGCAGACUUCCUGGUGUUAAGUUUUUGUUUGGAUAUUUUAUUACUACCGUGCAUGGUUUGGGGGGUUUUGUUUACUACUUUGGUAAAGAACGAGAUGUACUUCUCUGAGGGACUAUUAAUGUGUUCUGAGGGAGAACUAUGAGGAAGGGGAGAGCAGAUGAAAACUAAAAUCUUUUUGAUAUGGCUGGAAGGUCAGAAAUCCUUCUUUAGAAGUCCAGCUUAUGUGAAUGAGGCAAAGGGUUUGCAGGAGUUCUCUGUGUUACAGCUUCAAAGCACAGCCUCAAGCCAAAGCGAAACUACUUUUGAAGCUUCCCACCAAUUACUUCUGUGGUCCUGUAAGAAAGAGGGUUCAUUUCCUUGUUCUGUGAGAAAUGGUAAACAUUUGGCCACUUCAGGCAGCAAAGUUAAAUUUAGUGAUCUAACAUAUUUGCAUGCUUCAUUAUUACUUUCUAUCAUUACUACCACAUUACUUUGGGUGCUGACUGUCUUCUGCUGAAUCACUCCCUGUAAGCAACUGGAGUGCAAGUGCUCUUCUUUACAGCUCAGCUGUAGCUUCUUCAAUACAUUUUUGCAUUUGUAGAUUGCUGGUUGGUCUCACUUUGCUCAAAAAAUCUAAUCUGUGCCAGUUCUUACACUAAGUUUGUGACAGUCUGUGGUUUGUAGUACUGCCAGAAAGUAAUACUGCUGUUUUCUCGUUUAAUUUGGGUUUGGCUUACCUUGUAUUGGUUUGACUGAUCAGUAAAGAAACCUGGAGAAUACAUCUGGUAACAUUAAUAAUGCUUGCUGUUUGAGUAAUUGUUGUUCAUUUAUCUUUGAAAAACUAAUCUUAUUGUACAUUAGCAUAAUGCAUUUUUUUGGACAAGAUAUUGGCAAGUAGAAUUUAACAGAGACUGUUUUAUAUGUUGUAUUCUUUAUCUUGUACUGUGGGUGAGAAGUCUUUUGUGGAAUAUGCAUUAAGGCAUUUGUAUGUGCAUGGUUGUUACUGCAUUAGGAUGAAGAUGCCACGUUCCUCCAAAGAUUAUAGAUGCAAACAAUCAGUAGGUAGAUCUGGUGUGCACAGAAAAAUCCAGGAUCAGAACACGUUGGGGUUUGGGUUAGGUUGAGUUUUAAAAGCUGUAACUUAUUAUGGAAAUGUAUUUAAGUGGGUGUCUGGAUCCUUUUUAGUUGAUUUUGUGGAUCCACUGAGCCUGUUGCUUGUCCAAAUGUUUUGUUGCCCACAGUACUAAAUGGAGAGGGCAGAAAUGGCAGUCAGAUUUUCAUCUAAAAUUUUAGUGGUGUGAUUGCUUCUUGGGAUUUGUGAGUAAUCAUCUGUGUCAUGAUACUGGUGGAAUGUUCUGUAAGUACACAUCUGUAGUGUGUAUGGUCUUCAGUAGUCUCUGGAAUUUCAGUCAGGACAACUUUACAGACAAAACCUAAGCACUGGCAAUGAAGAUGAAUUGGCAUUGUUAGUUUAAAUGGAAUGCCUUACCCAAAAUAUUUGGGUAGUGGCAAUUCCAAUAAGCAUUGAAGACAAAAAAGAGAAGGUAAUGUCUGUAAUUUCCACUGCACAAACAGGGUGGUGCCGGAAGAAGAAAUGACAUAUCAGUAGGAAAAGAGCAGAGAAAAAUGGGUCAGACCAGUUUGGAUGUUGCUUUAUAGUUUUUUUUCCAUUGUAUUAUUCCAGCUCUACAGCUGCAAGUCAUGCUCUGAGUUAAUGUGGCAUACCUGUCAAAGGACAAUAUUUUAUAACAACUCUUUACACAUUUUUGUUUUGAAUCUGAUGAACUUUGUACUUCCCAAGCUCUAUUAGUUUAUAAUUCUUUAUAGCUUCAGGAGAACUCAAAAGCAAAAUAAUAACUCAGCAAGGCAACAAAAUGAAAUCAUAUUUGAAUUAUUUGGUACACAAGAUCCUUUACAGUUUAUCAAAGCUAUGUGACUUGGGAAGCAUGAAAUACCCUUGCUGUCAUUUCCUGUGCUUAGACUUAAUUACAGGCAGAAAAGAAAUUAUCUGUGUGUCAUUUUAUGUACCUCUGCAACAGCAUUCUUAAUACAAAUACAGUGUCUUGAGUAUUACAUCAUUUAGUCUAGUUUAAUAAACCAUCUUUUUUUGUGGA